AUGUCCGUCAGGGGUGGGCGCUUAGAACCUGAGAAGGGCAUGCCGGGCCUCUGUCUGGCUUUGGCCCCGACGGCAGCACCUGCCAUUCUGCUCCUCCUGGCGCUGCCGGCCUGGCCCAGCCUGGGGCUGCCCCCACAGCUGUGCGUGCCCUGCUGCCGCCCUGCCUGGCCGCCGGCUGCCCCCGGCUCAUACACCCCUGAGAGUGACAGGGAGACAUGGAUGCCGCUGCCCCACGUGCGGCCCACUGUCGACAUCUCAAUCCUCAAAGGUGAGAAGGGUGAGACAGGAGUCAGAGGUCGCUCUGGCAGGAGCGGGAAGGAGGGCCCACCAGGAUCCCGGGGCCUCCGAGGCCACAAGGGCCAGAAAGGGCAGGGGGGGCCGCCCGGCACCCCGUGCCAGCGUACCUAUGCGGCCUUCUCAGUGGGCCGGCGAGAGGGGCUGCACAGCACUGACGCCUUCCAGGCUGUGUCCUUUGACACUGAGCUGGUGAACCUGAAUGAUGCCUUUGACCUGGUGUCCGGCCACUUCCUCUGCACUGUGCCUGGUGUGUACUUCCUGAGCCUCACCGUGCACACGUGGAAUUACAAGGAGACCUACCUGCACAUCAUGUGCAACCAGCAGGCCACAGCCGUGCUGUACGCACAGCCCAGCGAGCGCAGCAUCAUGCAGACCCAGAGCCUGCUGUUGCCACUAGCCUCAGGCGACACUGUCUGGGUGCGCAUGUUCCAGCGUGACCGAGACAACGCCAUCUACAGUGAGCGUGGGGACCUCUACAUCACCUUCAGCGGCCACCUGGUCAAGCCUGCCACUGAACUUUAG